AUGUCUGCUCCUUAUUCCGCUCCACCCGGGCCACCCCCGCCUUCUGUCCCGGCAGGGUGGAAAGCACAGUAUGAUGAGCACUACAAGACUUGGCCAGUCGCAGUGGAAUCCCCCCCCGAAGCCUCGGUCCCGCGUCCCAGUGGCUCUCCUAGUGAACCCCCGCCAUCUUAUGAAAGCGCUGCCAGGCCUUCCGCCAUAGCGAGUCCCGGCGAUAAAAAGAGCCCAAUGGCUUCCAACAACCCGUAUAACCAAACAAAUUCUCCUCCAGCAUCUUCUGGCGCCACUUUUGACGAGGAUGCCCGCCUCGCGGCCAAACUUCAGGCGGAAGAGAACGCGCGUGUCCGCGGCGGUAGCAGUAGCGAAAAAGCAUCUGGGGCCGCAGCUGAUUAUUACAGUAAUUCCACGCGCCCAGAGCCUACUGCCCACCCUGGCCCGUCUACUGGGAGCCCCGCCCCAGAGGGGAAACGAGGCUUCUUUAGCAAGUUGACCGGCAAGAGCUCUAGCAGUACUUCACGACCUCCUCCGCCACGUCCCCCGCAGGCUCAAUAUGCCUCGUACGGACAGCAGCCCCCUGGUGGCUAUUAUGGUGGCCCAAAUUACCAACAAUACCCCCAGCAGGCUGGUCCUGGUUACCCCUAUCCGCCUCAGGGAUACGGCGGAGGUUAUGGAGGAUACCCGCCCCAACGUCCUUACUCUUCCUACCAACAGCCUCCCCCGCGAAGACAGGGUGGUGGAAUGGGUGGGAUGGGGACUGCAGGAGCUGCUGCACUUGGAGUCGGUGGAGGCUUACUGGGUGGCCUCCUCAUUGCCGAUGCAGUGGACGAUUUCGGGGAUCAUGAUAACUACGACAAUGAUUAUGAUGAUGGCGGUGACUUCGGCGGGGACUUCUAG